UGUCAAGGUACGUCUAGCAACAGAGAUUCCAUGUGUAUAUACAAUGUAAUUGUACUUGUGAUUCUACAAGCAUUGUUUUUUAGGCCUUCAAUAAAGCCCGCUUGGUGACAUCAGCGACCUCUUGGGCCUACACAGUAGACCUAUCCCCUCCUUCAGAAGGUUACGUGUUUGAACUUUCGCCUUCAGGAGAUAGUAAAUUGGACAUCGAUUACCAAACUGAUAUAAACAAAUUGAUGAUAUUCUGGGAGGGAUUUUAUGACCCACAUUCUUCAAUCAAAGAAUUCUUUGUCACUGUUGGAACUUGUCAUCGCUGUGAUGACGUCAUCAAACGCCAGAGCGUAGGUCUCGUGACAGAAAUGACGGUAGAUUAUGUCCACUUUGGUUCGGGUUUAACCUACUACACGUCGGUAACAGCCUGUAACACUGCAGAGUUUUGUACCUCAGCUUACUCUGAUGGCGUCAUCAUGGACAAUAGUCCUCCAAAUGUGGGCGUGGUUACAGAUGGAACUUCUGCUAAUGAUAUAGAAUACCAGUCAAUCAGAAAUUGGAUUGGUGCUAAGUGGCAUAGUUUCACUGACCCACAGUCUGGAAUAUCCCAUUACGUUUGGUGGGCAGGGACCACGCCGGGGGGUAACGAUAUUCUUCCGGCAAAAGAAGUCCAUUUGGUUGAAGAAUCAACUGUGUAUAAUUUCUCACAGGAACUACCAUUAUCAAAGCGUAUUUUUGUAACAGUUAGAGCAUAUAACAAAGCGG